AUGCCUCCUUCAACGUCAAGAUCGAAACCCAAGCCGUCCGAGGUGGCCUCGGAAGCUAAGAGGGUCUACAUCCCCACCAUCAGGAACAACUACUCUUCGACUUGGUCUACCUGCUCGUACAUCUACCAACAGCCACUCCUGCAAAUUAAUUUCACCGAGCGACCACUGGACCUUUCUCCCCCACAGUUCUUUGUCAGGAGUGGCGACCCGGUGAACAUCGUCUUAGACUGGGUUGACUCGGUACAAUGUGCCAUCCCUUUUAUCUGCGCGGCCAAUGACAAGCGGCCGGGCGGUGACUGGGAAACUGGCGUAGUAGGCUACGAGGAGCGUCUCUGCCGGCGAAGCACCCUCGCGGCGUGUCUUGCAACGCCGGGGGAGGGUUCUCCGGACGCCAGCCACUACCCGCUCCCGGCAUGCGCGGGGAUAUUGUCUCAGCACGUUGUUGUGUUUCGCGGGCCCCACGACAAGUAUGAGAAGCUCCCGACUGAUCAGUGGCGAGCAUUGCCCGUUGUAUCGGUGCCCCCGCCGCGCUGGCCCAAACUGACGCAGAACGGCACCAAGUACUCGUUUGCCGACGAGCGGGAGAUGGUGAUGGAGAAGAUGCGCGGCGCGCUCCGCAUCUGCGCGUACAACAACUACAGCACCGUUGUGAUCGGCGACUUUGGGCUGGGUAACGGGUAUCGGAAUCCGCCGCAGGAGCUGGCCGAGCUGUGGCGCGAGGUAUUCCUGUACGACCCGGAUCUCCGCGGCCGCAUCCGUUGUGUGGCAUUUGUCUUUGAGGACCCAACGCAGAACACCGCGCAGCUGAUCCUAGACGACAUCGCCAAGAAGUCUAAGGGAAGCAGUUCCUCCUCCCCCUCGAGCCGGCCCAAGACGAAAGGAAGCAGCACUGGCAGCACGCCCACCGACGCCGAGAUAUUUUCGCGAGUGUUUGCCGAGGCUGAAAUCCAAAGAUUUCUUGCGGAGCCUGACGCACGAUACGGCCUCAACAACCUUCUCGUUUCAUGA